CUAUAUAUCCCUCGGAGGGAAAGGCAGUCCCAGACAGUUAAGGAGUUCUCAAAGACUCGCUCUGCUGUGCAGAAUCUCGUGUUCAAAACAGAGACGCUGAGCCGCUUGCCACAAUGUGCAAAGGACUCGCGGCUUUGCCCCAUUCGUGCCUGGAAAGGGCCAAGGAGAUUAAGACCAGGUUGGGAAUCCUCCUCCAAAAGCCAGACUCAGCGGCUGACCUUGUCAUCCCAUACAAUGAGAAGCCGGAGAAACCAGCCAAGACCCAGAAACCCCCGCUGGAUGAGGCUCUGCAAUGGCGUGACUCCCUGGACAAGAUCCUGCAAAACAACUAUGGGCUUGCCAGCUUCAAAAGUUUCCUGAAGUCUGAAUUCAGUGAGGAAAACCUCGAGUUCUGGCUGGCCUGUGAGGACUACAAGAAGAUCAAGUCCCCUGCCAAGAUGGCCGAGAAGGCGAAGAAAAUUUAUGAAGAAUUCAUCCAAACGGAGGCACCUAAAGAGGUGAAUAUCGAUCACUUCACGAAGGACAUCACAACAAAGAACCUGGUGGAACCGUCCCCGAGCAGCUUCGAUGUGGCCCAGAAAAGAAUCUAUGCCCUGAUGGAAAAGGAUUCACUGCCUCGCUUUGUGCGCUCGGAGUUUUAUCAGGAAUUAAUCAAGUAGUAAUUUAGUCGGGCUGUGUGGAUCAUCCAGUGAGUUAUUUCCUCUGUAAUAACCCUGCAUUUUCCAGCAAUCUAAUCUACAUUAGCUUCCCAUGGCUGCUUCAUUUGAAGAUACCCAAACAGGGGAAAAUCCCGGGUGGCGUUGUUGACUCUUUUUGUGCACAUUGUUUUGGAUGUUUAUCUAGUGACUGAAUGCCUUCCUCUCCCAUUUUCUUCUUCCUGCCCCAUUCUUAAGGAUGUUGUUGUCAACGCUAAUCACAGUCACAGGACAAUUCUGCUUAUGGCAAGGAAACAUAAGAAAAGAAUAUGAUAC